AUGCUUACCCCAUUACUUGAUCGGAGAGAGAUGACGGGUAAUUAUGGACCUGCCGCAGCAGCGGCUGCUGCCAAUGCUGCUUUGUCCGGAAACACUACAGGUCGUACCGUCUACGUGGGCAGUCUUCCUCCCGAGGCUUCUGUUGACGAGCUGCUGAAUCUGGUUCGAUUUGGGCCUAUCGAACGUGUUCACCUGGUCAAAGACAAGUCUUGCGUCUUCAUAUCGUUCCUUCAAGGUGCCACUGCCGCCGCAUUUCACGCCGACGCUCAAGUCAAGAAGCUCGCACUGCAUGGACAAGCGCUUCGAAUCGGUUGGGGUCAGCAAUCACAUCUUCCUCCCAAUAUCGCCGCGGCGGUCAGGGAUCAUCAAGCUACCAGAAACGUCUACAUUGGCCGGCUGUCCGAGAAGGAGAAUGAAGAGACGCUCCGAGAUUACUUCAGCAAAGAGUUUGGACCUAUCGAUCAGGUCAAAGUCGUGCGGGACAAGAACUGCGCCUUCAUCCAUUUCCUCAGUAUCGCCAUUGCGAUCAAGGUCGUCAAUGAUCUCCCGAAAAAGCCCGGGUGGGAAGGUCAAAGUGUCAACUUUGGAAAGGAUCGGUGCGCAUACGUUCCCAAAGCUCAACAAGCAGCAGUUCAUCAAGCCCAACAAUCGGCCGUCCAGACACUCAUCACACAUCAUCUCGGUGGUGUACCCGCUUCGCCCUUCAUGCCUUUCUCUCCUAUCCAACCUAUCAGUCGUGAAUUCACUCCGACCAUAUUCAACAGUCCUCUCUUCUCCGAUCUCGCAAGUCCUGGAUUCAUGUCACAACCUAGAUCUUAUCCGAAUUAUCCACGAGACUCUUUCGAAGGACAUGGGAUACGGACAGUAUUCUUGGGUCGGAUAGACCCAGAGACGACGUACGAAGAUGUUUGUAACAAUAUCCGAGCUGGUAUCCUCCAGCAAAUCCGAUUCGUUCGGGAAAAGAAUAUCGCUUUUGUCACUUUUGUCGAACCAGAGGCCGCACAGAUGUUCUACAAUUAUGGUCGGAGCAAUCAACUUAAUAUACGAGGUCGCUUGGUAACUGUCGGAUGGGCGAAAAUGUCGGAUGCGAUGUCGGAUGAUGUGGCCAGGGGUAUAGAAAUGGGAGCAUGUAGGAACGUUUAUAUCGGGAAGAUACCCGACAUGGAUAUAUAUCACAAGGAGAAGCUCACCGCGGAUUUCGAGGGGUUUGGAGAUAUUGAACAAAUCAAUUAUCUCCCAGAAAAACAUUGUGCUUUUGUCAAUUUCUCGUCAAUUGCAGCAGCUAUAAAAGCCGUUCAAGGGAUCAAACGUCAUUCAGACUACACGAAUCUCACCAUCAGUUAUGGUAAAGAUCGAUGUGGUAACGUCCGACCUCCCAAUGACACAAAUCGAGGUCAAAGGAAUCCCAGUGGAUCACAUAUGACCGAGAAUAGCGGCGGGAGCACCAGUCCCAAAAGUCACCUUGUCUCUGAAGUUCCCCACGAACAAGUCAAACCGAUUGAAGAUGAGAUCAAGCACACUACAUCCGAGUCUAGUUCCAACUCUCCUACUUUGGAUGUCAGACAUUCAUCCGUCAGUGGGAAACGAAGAGAUGCGGAGGAAGAACAAAAUUCAGUGGAAGAGAGUCCUAUUUCGGAACCGGGGGAAAUCAUGCCGGAUCAAUAG